AUGUCGUCCGUCAAGAUCGAGCGUGACACCGUCACCAAGGCCACCGAGGCCGCCGCGUCUGCUGCAAAGGAUGGCACGCUGCCUGGUACUAGCGGCAAGCACCCAAUUGCUGAGGCUGUGGGCACUGCACUCACCGGCGGCAAGGCCAAUGCCGGCACCAAGGGCUACCUGAUGUGGUAUAUCUCCGAGCUGGAGAAGAACCCGCUGCGCAUGAAGAUGCUCACGGCCGGCACGCUCUCGGCUCUUCAGGAAUUCCUGGCUUCUUGGCUUGCCAAGGACCGCAACAAGCACGGCAACUAUUUCACCUCCAGAGUUCCCAAGAUGGCUGCCUACGGCGCACUCGUGAGCGCGCCGCUUGGCCACUUUGCCAUCUGGUGCCUGCAGAAGGCAUUCCGCGGCCGCACGUCUCUUCGCGCCAAGAUCCUGCAGAUCCUCGUCAGCAAUCUUUUGAUUGCGCCCGUGCAAAACACCGUCUACCUUACUGCCAUGGCCUUGAUUGCUGGCGCCAGGACUUACCAUCAGGUGCGCGCCACAGUGCGUGUUGGCUUCUGGAAGGUGAUGAAGGUUUCCUGGGUCACGUCGCCCAUUUGCCUCGCGUUCGCCCAGAAAUUCCUGCCCGAGGCUACUUGGGUACCGUUCUUCAAUGUGAUCUCGUUCGUCAUCGGCACGUACAUCAAUACGGUCACCAAGAAGAAGAGACUUGCAGCGCUGCGCAAGAAGCACUACGGCGAGGGCCGUCCUGGUUCGCUGCCUCCCCGACCCGGUCCUGACGACUACAACAUGGGUCCCAACCCCCCCUACUAG